CUCUUCAGAACAAGAUAAGGUCUAGGGUUUCCUCUCUCACUCCCCAAACCCUAAACCCUAAACCCCAAAACCCUCUCUCUCUCUCUCUCUCUCUCUCUCUCUCUCUCUCUCUCUUCGCGAUGCUCCUCUCUUUUCGCGUCUCACCCUACCUCCCUCUCCGCCGCUUCUUUUUCUUCCUCUGCCGCAGCUCCUCCUCUUCCGCGCCGCCGCCGCUGCCCAUGGCGGGGUACAAGGAGGCCUUCGCCCGGCGCAUGGCCAUGGCCGGGAUCAAACCCCAUCAUCGCAUCGCUUUGGGAGUCUCCGGUGGCCCCGAUAGCAUGGCGCUCUGUGUCUUAGCGGCGGGGUGGAAAUUGGAUGGGUCGGCGCCGAAGGAUGAGGCGUCGGGAUAUAUUGAAGGGCUUUUGGGGAUUGUUGUGGACCAUAGGCUGCGGCCCGAAAGCACCGAGGAGGCGGAGAUUGUUCGAGAUAGGGUAAACAAUAUGGGAAUUCGGUGCGAGAUCGCAUGUUGUAGUUGGCCCGAUGGACAGCCGAAGCAAGGCCAUUUGCAAGAAGCUGCUCGUGAGAUGAGGUAUCGUAAUUUUCAACGUGUUUGCGAACAGCAGCAGAUUGGUAUCUUGCUUAUUGCACAUCAUGCAGAUGACCAGGCAGAACUCUUAAUUCUAAGACUAUCUCGUGGUAGUGGAGUUCUCGGGCUUGCUGGCAUGGCAUUCAUUUCACAAUUGUUUCCUACACAUCUAAGAUGCUCCAGUGAAAGUCCCAGUAGUAAUGGUAUUUUACUUGUCCGCCCAAUGCUUGAGUUUUCGAAAGAGGACAUGUACAAAAUAUGUCAAGGAGUUGAACAGGUUUGGGUGGAAGAUCCAACAAACCAGAACUUGUCAUUUGUACGGAAUCGAAUUCGAGCCUCAUUAACGAAUCUGUCAUCAUGUGCUUUUAGGUUGGAAUUGCAAUCACUCAUCUCUGCUUGUCGAUUAACGCGUGCAUAUGUUGAUAGUUUUUGCCAUAAAAUGAUGAGGCAUUCUGUGACUAUCGAUGAGCAUGGGUAUGCUAUUAUCGAUCUAGAAAAGCUCGAGCCAACAGAAGUUGAUGAUCUUUGCCUUUCACAGUAUCUGGCCUCAAUCUUGCAGUUUAUCUCUCAAAGGCACAGACCAAUUCGUGGCAGAACUGCUCGAUUGCUAAUUAGCUACUUCCGUAAAAUCCCGUGCAAGACCUCCCUUUCCGCAGCUGGUUGUUACCUUUGUGCCGCUCCACGGUCCAAAGGCUCAAAAAUUUUGAUCUGUUGCUUGGUUGAGUCGCCUCAGUCAUUUAUUGUUGAUUUUUCAUCUACAUACUCAUGUCGGGAAGAACAAUGUACUCUGCCCAGUGAAAUAGCUCAGAUAAUUAAGGAAGCGGCAUUGUAUUCUAAUGAAUCAGCUGCAGAGGUUUUGAACAUCUCUUUUCUGAAUGCAAAAUGUUCAAUGGAUGUUCUAAGUGAAGCAAAGAAGCUCGAUAUUAUAAGUGAGUCAACUUUGAAAAGUAUUUCCUUACUGAGUGUAGAAGAACAUGAGAAGUUUAUUACCACUACAGAAGCUCAGGAUAAUCAGGAGUCGAUGCAUGAAAUGAACUUUUCUGGUGCUUCAAGCAUAACUAUUCGUCGUGGCGAAGCAUGCCACUUUAUGAACAGGUUCUUAAUUACAUGGAAUUCUGCUGAAGAUGCUAUAAAAUCAGAUAGAGAUCAAGACCAUCUUUGUGAGUUCUGCUUGGGCGACCGGGAAACUAUAUUACACGUUCGACAUUUAGUUGAUGCUGAUUGGUUGUUUCUCGCAGAAGUUUGUAGGAUUCGGGCAGUGGGUGAAUGCCAGUGUAAUUCAGAUGUUUUUACUUGCAAGCCAAAUGAGAAUGAAAUGGAGAAACCUAAAUAUUCAACUUAUAUGCAGUUGUCAGCUGCGAAGGCACUCCAAGCCCUGAAAUCUAUUCCGGUUUCUGCGAGAAGGGCACUCCCUGCACUUGUUAAUUCUCAAGGCUUACUACUAGGUGUGCCGAGCAUUGGCUUCAGAUGUUGUCCUUGUCUCUCGGUUGCCACAGUAUUCAGUCCAAGGGUGCCCCUUGGAGGAGGUUUCACUUUGUACACCUGAACUGAAGCAAGAAGGUGAUGUAAAUUUUGUUCUUGUGGCGAGAAUCAAGAUAUGCCCAACGGAAACAUGCUGCAUGGGUUAUUUUCACUAGCAAUUGCGUUAGUUCCCGUUCCUUGCAGAUUGUUCGUUGGUACAUACUAUAAAGACAGGCAAUCGGACGUGCAAUGGAUGCUUUGCUCAAAAGUUUCUGCCUCUUAUUACUGUGAGUUGAUGGCUUUUGAGUGAAUAUCGCCGCUUCAGCCUCAUGGAGCUGCUCAUGCAUUAUUUGGGACAUCAUAUGCCUUCCUCCAGGUUCUUCUUUUGCUAAGUUUAAUAUUUAUUUCCCUGUGUGGUGAAGGAAAUAGUUUUGUCCUUGCUGAGGUAGAAAACUAUGAACUUCUUUUAUUUGUAUAUUUCUUUUCUUUCUUUUGUUAUUUUUAUAAUUUUGAGCCAAUGUUCACAAGAAUCAUUAAAUUAGUUGCACCACCAAGGAUUUAAGUACACAAUGUGUCGUUCACAAAAGUACAUGUAUGCUGACACACUAUGACAUGAAAUAGACAUUUCGUUUGGCACUAAUAUAUUCUAAAUGUUUAUUAUAUGUCUUUAUCAA